CACUCUACACUGCUCAACACCCUUGCAAACCUCAUUAGCCUAGCCUCUUUUUGGCGCUUCUAAGCUGCUUCUUUUCUCUUCUUCUCCCUUUUGUUUUUGCACAGAAUUGAAAUGGAUGUUGAUGGUAUUGGUUUGGUUCUUGCUAGGGCUUCUGAAUUGAGGUCCAAGAUUGGUUCUUAUAUUCUAAAAAAAUCAGCCCAAAUCAAUGGGAUUACUGAGGAAGAUGGUGCAGAAAAAACCCAUUUUUCUGGGUCUGAUAUGGUGGACAAUGAAGCUGUAGAUGAGGAUCUUUGUAAUAUUCAAGAUGCAUUUGAGUCCCUUGAAGCCCAGCUUUCUUCUUUGCAGGCACUACAACAGCAGCAACAUUAUGAAAGGGAAACAGCAUUGGCAGAAAUUGAUUACAGCCGCCAAAAGUUGCUCAAGAAGUUGAAGGAUUACAGAGGUGAGGACUUGGAAGUCUUAAAGGAGGCUACUGCUUUUGCCAGUGAAACAGUAGAAGACAACAAUGAUCUUCUUCUUCCUCCAUAUCCAAGCCGACCAUCUCGUUCCCUAGCUUCUGAAAAUGGCUUUCUUGCACACUUGCCUUCCACAUUUACUCAUCCUCAAAAUGGGUUCACAAAUGGUGACCCAUCAAAUAAUUUGGGGGCAAGUCCCCAAGAUUCUAAAACAUAUAAAGGGCAAACUGAAUCUAAGAGCCCAUUUAGACUUUUCAUCAACGUGGCAACCAAGACAGUACUUACUGUAGUGAGUGUAGUAGGGUUCCUAAGUUUGGCUGGUUUUGACCCUAAGCUCAGAAAAAGGGAUGCUCAAUUCAAAGUUUCAGGGAUAUUUCAAAGCCAAGAGACUGAAGGAAAGAGACCAUGGAUUCAGUGCCCUCCAGGAAAAGUCCUGGUGGUCGAAGAUGGUGAAGCUCGAUGCCUUGUCAAAGAAAGAGUUGAAGUUCCAUUCAAGUCGGUUGAUAUGACACCCAAUGUAAAUUAUGGGUGUGGAUAAGAUGGUACUUGAGCCCUCCCCUUUGUACAUGCCGUAUCUUUUCUUCAUGGUGUGAUCAAGAUAACUUAAAGCUUAGAGUCUAAGACUACGUAUUCAAGUUAAUGAUCUAGUUGUAGAAUUAUAAUCCUGAUAUUGUUUUGCUAUAUUAAAUUAUUCUCUUUGUUUGGA